AACAGACCAGAUGAAAGAGCAAAAACUAGAACCGAAUGAAGAGGAGGAGAAACACUGUGACUUCAAAACUCAAAGAAUAAAAGCCAAAAAGCUGCACAACUGCUCACAGUGCGAAAAGAGUUUCUCACACAAAAGAAACCUUAAAAGACACAUGAGAAUCCACACUGGAGAGAAACCAUACACAUGCCCUCAGUGUGGAAAGAGUUUUUCACAACUGGACACUUAUAAACAGCAUCAGAAAACACAUGAUGAAGUGAGAGAUCACAUGUGUUUGGAUUGUGGGAAGAGCUUUACUAAAGUUACCAGUUUGAAACUGCACAAAAGGAUUCAUACUGGAGAAAAACCUCACAAGUGCUCAUAUUGUGACAAGAGUUUCACUCAGGCAGGAACCAUGAAAAUACAUGAGCGAGUUCACACUGGAGAGAAGCCAUAUCACUGUACUCAGUGUGGAAAGAGUUUCAGAUAUAGAAGUGAUCUCAAUUUUCAUCUGCUCAUUCACUCUGGAGAAAGACCAUUUACCUGUGAUCAGUGUGGUACAGAUUUUAAAUUAGCAAUACAUCUAAAAAACCACACGAAAAUUCACACAAAUGCGAGGCCAUAUGCAUGUUCAUUUUGUGGAAAGUGUUUUGCUCGGCUGGAUCAUUGUAAACGGCACCAGAAAAAACACACCGGUGAGAAAGAUCAUGUGUGUCGUGAGUGUGGGAAGAGAUUUACUAGAGCUGAUAAUCUGCAACAGCACCAAAGAAUCCAUACUGGAGAGAAACCUUACAAGUGCUCAUAUUGUGACAAGAGUUUCACUCAGUCUGGAGACCUGAAAUUUCAUGAGCAAGUUCACACUGGAGAGAAGCCGUACUACUGCCCUCCCUGUGAGAAGAGCUUUAGACAGUUAAAAAGCCUUAAAAAGCACAUGAAAAAAUGUGUCAUCACAGGUCUUUACCAGAUGAGCACCUAA